AGUGGAGUUAUUACCUGCCCUUUAUUAGUUUUGUUGCGUUAUGAAAAUAAUAUUCUUUUAAAAUAUUUUAUCUUUUAAGAAUUUGAAUAGAACAGUAAUUGCAGAAUCAAAAUGGGGAGAAGAUCUAUUAACACCACUAAGAGUGGGAAAUAUAUGAAUCCCACCGAUCAGUUUAGUAAGUAUAAAUGUUCCUAUUUAAGGGCUAGAUUCAUGGCUCAUCUCUGAUUCUGAUUCUGGACUAGAAUUAGUCAUGAUCAGUCUGAUCAGUCAUUCAUAAUCUUUCUAUUAUAACUCACCUUACAUUUUUAACCAUAGACUCUUGACUUAGACUUAGUCUUAACUCAAUUAUUGAGGGCUUGAAAAGGCAGAUUAUAAUUACUCGUUAACCAUAGUCAUAGUCAUAAAAUUGUUUUUAAUGCCAAAUUCAAAUAAGUAUUAUAAUAAGAAGGCUUAGAAGGCCUAGGCCUAGCCGUAGCCGUAGCCCUAACCCAUGAUUAUGAUCAUGAUGAUAAUGAUAAUCAUGACGACUGAUGUCAACUGAUGAUUAUUAUUAAUAGAAUAAUAGUUAAUAUUAAUAAUAUUAGGAAAAACAAUUGAUUUAUCAAAAUACAAAAUUUGUUAAUAGUAUCCCUAUGAUGACUAUAUUAUAGGAAUUUAAAGUUGUAGACAUAGUCUGCAAUUUUUUUAUUCAGGGCGCAAAAUAUUGUUAUUUAUUUGUGAUUAAAAAUGCGGUGCACACUAUUUCUAGUCGCUAUGUAACACUAGCAGCUGAGACUACGGGAGGAAACAAAGCGCUUAUUUGUUAUUGUUGAAAGUUCCUGCAGCAAUACUGCGGGCUGAGGGAUACAAUAAAGUUACUAUGUUAUAGUAUGUUUGCCUGGUUGUAGUCUUAUUGGAAGUGCCCUUACUUUCCCUACCUUCACCUUUGCACACUUGCAUAGCUUAUAUGAAAAAAGAGACUUCUGUUAAGUACCAUUAUAUGGUUUUAUGAAUUUAAUUUAAAAACAAAUUUUCCAAAGCUAGUACUAUUAACAAUAAUCACUUUCAUUAUAAUUUUAAGUUGAUAUAAAAAUACAAAAUCAAAUGUACAGAAAUAAAAACUAUAUUAACUGACAGCAAGUGAAAACAUAUAGUAUUAGAAAGUAAAAAUAUUAAUCACACACACACAGUGAAAAAUCUAGUAAGUCUUGUAAGGUCUCUUGUCUUGUAAUUACAGUAAGUCUGCUGGUCACAAUCUACCCUCACAAUUAUAGUGAGCAAGUCAGAACCCCCCACAACAGAUAGAAAUUCAAUCUUCUAACUCUUUGUAGACUUCUAGAAAUAGUAAACAAAUUUUCUCAAUAAAAGGUGGUGAGGGCAGCAUGUGUGACCACAUUAAUUGGUGAUGUCAUUAAAAGAAACAAUAGAGGAGGUAUGGGAUGCAUGCCACGGCUCCACACCAUGCAGAAGGAGCAAAAACUAGGUCAACACACAGGCUGCUGUCUACCCAUUUAAAAACAAGCUCAAAAGUAGGGGUGUGCCGGAUCCGUUUUUUUCCAACCGGAUCCGGAUUUUCUUAUGCGAAAUACGCCGGAUCCGGAUUCCGGUUUCUCCCGGAUUCCGGAUUUUGGUACUAUUGGUAGAUACUUCGGUAAGUCAAGGUGGACUACUACUUUUUGUGUAUGGGAAUUCGCAAUCGGCGCCAAAAAAUCCGAGUUUUUAAUUUUCCGAUGUGUGUGUCUAUUUAUUAUUAAAUUAGUACUUUCGAUAUAUAUUUGAGUUCCGUUCCAUUUGGAUAAGUGUCUUACGAGAGACGCCAUGUUUCUACGCGUUCGCAGCAGGUUAUGCAGCUCGCUCAACCUAAUUUCGCCAUGGGGUUGGCCACGCCCCCCUUUUUAAUGGCGGAAGUUGACGAUACUUAGGAAAUAUUAAUUUAUUAUCACUAUUUACAUCAAAAUAAUUGAUAACUUGUGUUUCAGAAUGCAUUUAAAGACAUUUAAACUGGAAUGUUUUAAUUUGAGCUUUAACAACCCGGUAGAAUCCAUAUUAUAAAUGAUCAGAAUUUACCGUGUGCAACACGUUGUCAUUGGCAACCAUUCACAGCCACUUGCAUAACUGUAUCGUAGUACUACCUCAGAGUUUCAUUCAUAAGAGUUUGCCGUGUGCAAAAACUAUUAAACCAUUGGUCAGGGAAAGCUUUAAUUAAUUAUUCAUGUGCCAAAGUUGAAAGUUUAAACUAAGUCUAAACAGUAUUUUAGUGAUAAGGCAGGGAAUGCGUUGCCUUAUAUAAACUAUAUAGUCAUUGCGCAUGACGGGAUUGGUGGAAUGAGAUCACAGAAUGUGGAGAUGCAGUCCAUGUUAAAAAAUGACAAACCAAGUCGUACUUUAAAAAUUCAUAACUUUAAAACUACAACAGCUAAAAAUAUGAUUUUGGUGUUAUAAUUCUUUAAAAAAUUACAUCUUUUCAACUAUGCCAUUGGUUUAUUUUUACAAAAAGUUUAAAUUUUCUUAUCAAAGUCCCUACACUAUUGGCCACUAUUAGCGGUGCUGACUCUAGCCUCUGGUAUGUACGGAAUAUUAAACAUUAAACAAGCUCAACGCUCGAAACAAUCGAUUAAUGUAUCGUGAUCGUGUGAAAUUCGGGAAAGAGAAUUACUUUUAUUUCAGAUUAUGAUCCGGUGAGUCACAAAAUCUGGCAAAUUCCGAAAUCCGGUAUAUUCCGGAUUCCGGAAUCCGGUUGUUCCGGAUACAUGUAAAUCCAGCAGAACCGGAUUUCACCGGAUAGUGCAAAAUCCGGCGGAACCGGAUUCCGGACCGGGGUCCGGCACACCCCUACUCAAAAGUAUAGGGAUGCUGAAAUUUUGUGUUUACUAACAAUCUGUUUAGAAGUCAUCUCAGAAGGGGAGAUAAUUUUAAAAUUAAAAAUGUUAAUAUGUGAUAACUGGCCUUUAACUUAUGAUGCUAAAAUAUGAUCUAACCUUUAAAUUUUUAUAUUAUUGAGUAUCCUACUAUUUACUCUUCAAAUAAUUAUGAUACAGUGAAUCUUCAUAACUAUUCAUUUGAUAGGCUUGAUUUUGUUUUAAUGUCAAUUCAAAAAGCUGAUUUGAAUUAAAUUGGUUUAACAAAUAAGCCCAAUAUUGCAUAAGGACUUAAUUUAAUAUUUUUCGUUAAAUAGUUUUCUAGUUAAAAUUAAAUAUAACAAUUUAUUCUAAAUUGUGCAAGGUGAAAUAGGAAAUGUUUAUUUUACACUUUGUGACUUUCUGUUUUUCCAGGAAAAGAAGCAAGAAAAAGAGAAUUAAAAAAGGUCAGAUCAUUUUUUUUCUUUAAAAUAGGAAUUUUCAAUGGCCAGUCCCCCAUUACAUUUAUCUUGGGGAGUGAUUUUCAUGAGGGUUUUGAAUAUUGUGACAUAAAUCUUCAAGUUUUUAUAACUGUGGUGGAAAUAUUAAUUGUAGUUCAUUUAUCAAAUUGUUUCCAGACAAGAGAUUUUAUUGUUAAAUAUUUAAAUAUUUCUUUCUAUCAUCUCAUUAUUUUAUUACCUUUUUUCUCUUUAGAAUAAAAAGCAGCGUAUUAUGGUAAGAACAGCUGUUCUGAAAGGAAAAGACCCAAUGAAACUUCUUGAGGAAAUGGAAGUGAUUGACAGAAUGGGUAAAAGAAAAGAAAUCAGUUUCAAUCUAUUUUUCAUAAACAAUAUUUUUUUAACCUGAACAUUAUGGAAAUACUUUUUUUUUUUUUUUUUGAAACUCAGUUUUAAAAAAACAUUGACCAUGGAUCAUUGAGGAUAAAUAAAUGUAAAAUGUGUAAAACAAUGACAUGAUACAUCUACUCUUGAAAGGCAUUUUAUUGAAAUAAAAAACACACCAUUUCACGUUAUAACCAUCAUAAUUCCUUAUAUGAAUUUCCUUUUUACUGUAAAUAAUAUAAAUCUAAUCUAUAUAUUAUGUUGUUGAUGUGAAUAAAUAAACUAUAAAAUAUUUCAUAGUUUUGAAUGUAUACAUUUUCAGAGUACAAUCCCAUGCAGCCCCCUUCACUUAAUGAGAAAGUGCUUAGAGAAAAGAGAAAGAAGCUUAGAGAAACUUUUGAUAGAGUAUUUAAAUUAUAUGUAAGUAUGUAUGUUAAAUGAGAGAUAAGUGUUUAUUAUAUUUCUAAAGUUUCAUCUCCAUUUCUUAUUGUCAAUCCCAUCACUAAAUAGCUCCCAAAAUAGUUAGAUCUUUGAUAACCUUAUUUAUCAAAUGUUUGAUUCAGUGCUUCACACCCCAAACUACACAGAAAAUAUAUCCUUAUAAACUUUUUAUCAAAUGUAUGAUUCGGUGCUUAAUACCCCAAACUACAUAGUAAAUAUAUCUUAGAUAACCUUAGUUUACAGUAAUUUAUAUAUUCUUACUUUAAAUAUUUUUUCCAGGAAAAAGAAAGACCAGAGUAUGCUAUAGAACUAAAGAAAGCAAACAUAGAAUAUGAAAAAACUCGUUCACAGUUACAGCUUUAUUAUGGUGGGUACUUGUUAAAAAUAUCUGAGGGAAUUAACACUUUUAAUACAUUUAUUUAUUGUGAUACUUGUAGACAGUGCUGAAAUACACCUCUUCUUCUUAAACCCCAAGAAAACAAUUUAAAUAAUUAAUAUCAAGUACUGUAACAGAAGUCCAGGGUUGAAAAUGUGCAGCUCCACAUUGUAGAACAAACUGAUUAGGCCAUCAAACUGGAGUCAUUUGCAAACUCUGAGUGUCACUUACAUGGGCCAUUGUCAUGUCCAAUCAGGUUGAUGGAGACAUUAUUGAAAGUUUUCUUAUUAUAUGCAGCACUAUUACAUCAUCUAAACAUGUUCAAAAAUAUGGAGGCAUUGAAAUCAUUUGCUUGAACAAAUGUUUGUUAUGUACCUAGAAAAACGUACAUAAAUAAGACUCUGUGUUUGGAAAUAAAUUACACAAGCUUCCUGUAGUUCAUCAUUCUAUAAGAGACCAAAAUAACACAAGCUUUCUAUAGCUUAUCAUUCUAUAAGAGACCAAAAUAACACAAGCUUUCUGUAGUUCAUCAUUCUAUAAGAGACCAAAAUAAUACAAGCUUUCUGUAGUUCAUCACUCUAUAAGAGACCAAAAUGACACAAGCUUUCUGAUGUUCAUCAUUCUAUAAGAGACCAAAAUAACACAAGCUUUCUGUAGCUCAACAUUCUAUAAGAGACCAAAAUAACAAAAGCUUUCUGAAGUUCAUCAUUCUAUAAGAGACCAAAAUAACACAAGCUCUCUUUAGUUCAUCAUUCUAUAAGAGACCAUGAUUAUUAAAUUUUUAUGAUUUUGACAUAUUUUUAAUUAUUUAUAUGUUUCCAAACUUUAGAUCAAGUACGCAAUGCUGAAAGAGUACAGCUGGAUCAGAUCCCAUUGCCAGAUGCACCAGUUGACCCCUCAGGUAUAUAAUACACACCUUCAUAGGAAUCAGCGUUUGAAAACAUUGACCAUAACAUUAACAUAAAAGCUGGCUGGGGGAAAAGUUUAAAUUUUGAAAUAAAUUAUUAAAAAGUAGUUGUCCACAUAAAUUUGAACAUUUUAAAUCUGUUUGUCCUGACCUAUUUAUUCUGCUGUAAUAUUUGGUUUCAACUAUGACCUUUUAAGAUAAAGCUUUGUGUUUUCAGAAUUAAUAUUUGAAAUACUUGAACAAAUUAAUUUGUCUUGAUCAUAGGGAGUGGUAGGGAAGUUGGUGUUUUUCAGUCCAUGAUUAACUUGACAAUGUGAUUUGUUUACUUGACAGCUUAAUCUUAGAGUCUGACCAUCAGGGGAGCAUUAAUUGUAAUUGUUGGUGUAGAUUAAAUAGUGCAGUGAGCAUAAUCUCUUUACUUGAGAAGCUUGUUUUAUGUAUCUAAUGUAAAGAUGAUGUCCUUUGGUGAGUUAAUCCAGAAUCAACAUUUAUGUUUGUGAACUGGACCCUUGAUAUUAUUCAUGUCAUUAGCAUCUUUAAGUAAGUCUUACCUUUGAUCCUUAGACAGCCACCAACAGAGAAUGGUCCAGAACAGAACACUUCUUCAUCAUUCAUAUAUUACAUUUUUUUAAAACUUUCAUUUAAAUUGUAGUUUUUAUUAAUGAGUAGAGAAAACCAGACCUUUAAACACAAUAAAGGUCAAUAAAUAAAAAUUAUUAUUAUUUUUUUUUUUCAUCUUCUUUGUUCCAGUCCCAGGUGCCAUUCCUCUACCAGCCGAUAUGCCUUUGCACAUGUCAAUACCUGGUCUAUCAUUAUCAUUGGGCCAUUUGCAGCCCCAGUCAAUACUGAAAAAAACAUCAGCUUAUGGGUAAAAUAACGUUUUUAUAGUUUUAUUAGUUAGUCAUUGCCUAGCAUGAUGCAUUGUAUCAGCUUUUAGCAUUUUGGCAAAACCAAGAAAUUCUCAUUAAUUCCUGUUAGGGAUAAAGAACUAUUAUUGAAUGGACUUACCUAAUUCUAUGAUGGAUUGUUCAAAUUUUCUUGUCUGUAAACAGCCGGAAAUAAUUUGAUAAUCCAAAUGAACAAUUGACCUCAAUGUGUAAAUGGGUGCAUUAUGCCGUUACAAUAAAAAAAAUAAUUUUUAAAAAUUUCAUUUAAAAGUACAUUUUGUGUGUGUGUUUUCAGGCCCCCUUCCAUUGGUCCCCAAAUUCCAAUUCACAUCAGAAGUCAGAAGAAAAGACCACCGGGUCCUCCUCCUGGCCCUCCGCCAAUCCUCAGUGACAGUGAAGAAGAAACUGAUGAGUAUGAUCCAGAGAAAGGUCUGUUUCUAAUCUCAAACUCGGUGGAAGUCAUGACUGAAAUCUUUUAUUUAUAGUAGUUUAACUCAUUCCCGACGGUUGCGACUAAAUUGGGGGUUUCGACGGAUGCGUCCCGGCACAUAGCGACACACCUCUCUCAUUUCUAUUUAUAAAUAGCAAUGAAAUCUCGUAUCCCUUGAGACUUUCGGCGAUGGCGGGAUUCAGCAUGAUUUCAAUUUAAAAACCGGAAGUUUUUAAUCUUGUUUCACUUUGAAACUAUGUGUGCUUUAGUACAGCGCGUCUAUAUGCGGGAUGUGUUCGUCCAAGGUGCUGAAAAUAGAUUUUUUUAUCAUUGUUCGUUAUUUUUUCGCCGCUAAUGUUAUAUUUUUAUUAAACCCAAUUCAUUUUUUGCUGCAUUUGUUCUUAAUGCGUUAACAUUAAAUAAUAUUUAGUAGACUAAAUAAAUAUUUUACAAAUGUAAGUCAAUUGCAAAAUGGAGUUACUUCCCUCUCUCAGGCAAAUAAAUUAAUUACGGAAGUAGCACUGCCGCCGGGAAUGAGUUAGUUUCAUCUGCUGUGUUUCUGUUAUUUCAUAAUAAUAUGGUGUCAUGUUUGCAUUAUACGAUGUCAUGUUUGUAUUAUACAAUGUCAUGUUUGUAUUAAUAGUCUGUUGUUUUCUUUAAAAAAUCAGGUAUUGAACUAGGCAAGGUGGAUGUGGAUAUGGAUCAUGGAGAUGACAUGAUGGGAGGGAUGCAAGAAACAGAAGAACCUCCAUGUAAGGGCAUUAGCCAGAAUACCGAGACAGGCUGUUUACUUAAUCCAAUAAUUCCAAAACUUACAUGCUUCGAAAUUUUUACCUUAUGCAAUUUAGUAAAAGAUUAUUUGUACAUAUAUAAUAUCAGUAGAUUUGAACUACAGUGAUCUUAUUAUUUAAUAUCAGUAGAUUUGAACAACAAUGGUCUUCAAAAAUAUUAGUUUCUGCCACUUAAAAAUUAUAAAAUUAUAUAUUUUUUAUAACUAGAUAAAUCUAGACGUAUACGAUUUGCUGAUGAUGAUGAUGAAAGUGAAAGACGGUACGACACUGAAAAAGAAGCCAGACAGAGGUUGAGGAAAGAGAAGAAAGAGAUCAAGAGGAAGAAACGAGAGGCUGAGAAGAGUGCAAGUGGCAAGAAGAAGGUCUCGGCCCUUCAGGCAAUGAUGUUGAAGAUGGCUGGUCAGGACACUCCAGACUUUGAGAAGGAAGAUGACUCACAUUCAUCAUCGUUAUCAUCAUCAUCAUCUUCCUCCUCUGAGUAUGAAGAUGAUGACAUACAGAGGGACAGGCUUUUAGAUAGAAAGGUUAGUUGUCCAGUUUAAACUGACGAAUGGUCAUUACUUGGUACUGUAGGUCAAGGUUAGAUGAAGUGAUGCAGACAUCUUUGGAAUUUGAUUGCUCUGACAUUAGACCUCAGGUCAAGCAUGCACAAGAAAAGACUAAAAGAUGUACCAAAGGAUUCCUUAAAAAUACAUUUUAUUUGCCUCUAAUUAAGAUUUCUAGAUGUGUUCAAAUUAUUAAUGAAUUAUUUUUAUUAAAGAGACAAAUGCUAGAAUUGUAACACUUAUAUUAGCACCUAAUAAAAGGUGUGCAUAAAAUCCUGUUGGAGACUUAUGAAACAAUCAACAUUAAUUUAUUACUCAUCUUACAGUAAAUUUGUUUGCAUAUAUCUACAUUCCAUUAUUACCAUUAACAACUACUUGAUUUAUCAAUACAAACAAUUUUAGAUAAGUUGGUUCUUCCUUCUCAAAACAUGUGUGCAUGUAUUUUAAUAUGUAUAAAACGGAAAUAGAAGAAUUCAUCUAACGGAAAACCCAAACUUUGGUUUAUUGGUGUUUUUAAAGUUGUAAUGAAAUAACUGCACCUGCCUUGAGUUUAGAAAUAUAUUAUUUUACAUUCUCCAUAAUAAACGUUUCUCUCGAACAGGAGGAGGAUGAGAGAAUCAGAUCCAAAGAUAGAGAAAUUGCCAAGAAACGUGAAGAAAUAUCUCAGCUGGAUGACAGGCCUCCAGGGCUUGAAGAUCCUGUGGACAGGUUGACAGACGAGGACGCUGCAGCUAUAACAGCAGCACGGCUCAUUGAAGAGGCUGAGCUAGAAGCAGAAACCAGGCAUCUAACUCCUAGAAUGAACCCCCCUGGUCCACCACCUGGUUUACCUCCAAAUCUGAUGGGAAUGACAAGCAUGCCUCCAGGUACUACUGUGUUUCAUUUACUUACCUUUUUACUAACUAACCUGUUGAAUUAAGGGGCCAUUAGCCUCACUGUACAUGGAACAUAACCUGUUGAUUAAGGGGCCAUUAGCCUCACUGUACAUGGAACAAUUUUUAAUGAAAAUAAUGCUUAUUCUAUGGACAAUAAAAUAUUCAGAGCAUAAAAUAUUCACUUUAUAUUAUGACAGGUCCUCCACCUGGUGUCCCACCAAUGUUUAUGAGGCCUCCUCCACUUCGAGGUGGUCCACCAAGACUAAUGCCUCCUGGACCACCACCAGGUCGGCCACACGGCAUACCUCCGGGUCCACCACCAGGUCUGCCGCCAAACUUGAGGCCGCUUCCAAUGCGCAUUCCUGCACCAAUUGGUAGGUUACCAGGUCACUCCAGCAGCUUGCGGUGUUAGAAUUGCUUUGUCUCUCAUACCAAAAUGUUUAGCACUGAAUGAAGUGAUAUUUAUGGCUAAAAUAAUUUUAUUGUAACUGGAAGGCCAACCCUAGCAAAAUGGCUUUAAAAAAAUGUUUUAUGUAAAAAUCUCCAAAGUAAUAUGACAUUUAGUUUUUGAAGUUCUUUAAGUAGAUGUAAAUUUAUUCUUGUUAUCUUGAUGGGGGCCACUCUCUUCAUUACAUUGUUUUAUAUGUUGAUUAAUAAGACACGAACAAAUUGUGUCAAUAUAACAAUAUAAGUUCCGCUUUAAUAAUAAUUAUACAUUAUACACAAGUAAACGUUUCGGCACAUGCCUUCAUCAGUACAAACAAAAAAACAUUUAAAUAAGUAUAAAUUAAAUUUACAUAAUAUCAAUAUACAUAUCCUACCUAAAAAAGAAAAAAAUAGGAGAGGGCGCUAAAACCAGACAAAAACAAAGUAAAGAGGAGUAGAAAGGAAGUGAUCUGAACAUAAUUGUAAAUGUUGACUGUUCUUGCUGAGUUUCUCUCUUCUGUUGGAUUAACCCAAUCUUUGAAGUUUCACUUUUGCUCACUCAAUUUAUCUUGAAAUCAAUUUUCUCAAAAUGUCAAACUGAAACUGAAUGCAUUGUUUUAGGUGUGCCACCUCCACGCAUGAUGAGGCCUCCCAGUAUGCUUCCACCAUCCAUCCCCCCUCCCAUUGGUGGUCUUACUCAGGGCGGACCUAUUAAUCCCAGCAUUCUCAGUGCGCCCCCAAGUAUCAUGCGGCCCCGAGGUGAUGAGCUAGGAUCAGGGCCUGGCUCAAGGGUGACAAUCCAAGCCAAACCUCAGAUCAAGAGCAAGAUGGGAGAUAUUACAAGAUUUAUGCCAACAGCUCUCAAGGUCAAGAGAGAAAUUCGUGACCAAAAGGGACGAAUUAAAUCUGUCGGUAAGCAUCUGUUUAUUUAUCAUGCUUUACGUCUGUCUGUAGGAAUCUAUCAAUCUAUCAUGUUUUACGUCCGUCUGUUCGAAUCUAUUAAUCUAUCAUGUUUUACGUCUGUCUGUUCGAAUCUAUUAAUCUAUCAUGUUUUACGUCUGUCUGUACGAAUCUAUUAAUCUAUCAUGUUUUACAUCUGUCUGUACGAAUCUAUUAAUCUAUCAUGUUUUACAUCUGUCUGUACGAAUCUAUUAAUCUAUCAUGUUUUACAGUUGCUACUACAUUGAGAGAUUACCUCCCCUUAUUUUUCCCACUACUUACUGAUAUCGUUGGCAUCAAAGUAAAAAUACCAAGAUCUUUUCAUUUAUGUGCAACUGUAACAUUGUUAAUUCUUGAAGAUAUUACUUGAAUUAUCCAUCUUUUCAUUCACUUUUCAUACACUUAGCAAUCAUUAGGUUCAAUUGUUUACUGGUUUACCCACUAAUUAAAUUAUGUCCAAAAAAACACUGAUCAAAACACUUUGUAAAUAAUUAGACAUGUAAACAAUAGGUGUUGUCUUGGAAACAUAAACAAUUUGUGUUGGCUUGGAAUCAGAUGUUUUUCCUGCUUGGUAAAUGAUGUAAAUCUUAGUAACUGUAGAUCAUAAUGACCUGAUGGUUUGGUUUUCACAGUGAUGAAUGGAUUUUUUUAUAGAAAUGUAUGAAUUAUGUGUUUGACAGAUAGUCUCACCAGAAAUGAAAGUUAAAUGAAUUAUGUGUUUGACUUGUUGUCAGAUAACCUUACUAGAAAUUAAAUUUAUAAUUAGAACUUCUAGCUUCAUGAAAUGUCUACAUCUGCCAUGUUAAUGUCUAUAGAAUAUAUUAUUCCAGUCCAGCAGUAUAUGUUGUAUUACAAUUUUACCUGAUAGUUAGUAAUCAAUAAUCAUGUCAUCUUUGACCACUCCAACUGUUCAGGUAAAGAAGAGGAACAGAGGGUGAUAGGAGCCCAGGCCAAAGCUCAGCCCGCCCCAGCAGCCCAGACCAAGACCAAAGAUGACGCCUAUGAUCAGUUCAUGAAAGAGAUGGAAGGAUUGAUUUGAUGGCGGACUAUGUCAUUCUUCUUGUCCAUUACUGUGCUCAUCCUAUGGAAACAUUCAAACACUUGUAACUGGAUAACUGGAGUUUAUGAUCUAUUUGUCCACAAGAAGUUAUUGACCUUGACCUUUUUUUUUUACCUUCAAAUUUUGGUAGAUGAAAAAAAUGACUGUUUUCAAAUAGAAUGGACUUAAUCAAGUUUUUCCAUUGUCCUUAAUUCAAGAGGAGGGAUUUGUGAGAAUUUCUUCAUUGUAUUAUCCUGUAAGCAAGAGGCUUAAACUAUAUCUAGUUUAUCUCUAUGUGAACACUAAAACAUUUUUUAUUGUAAACUUUGUUAGCUGCACAAUAAGUUCUUCAAGUCACAGGUAAAAUGGCAAAGCUUUCUUGGAGUCACAGGUAACAUUGAUGGCAAAGGUCUCAUUAAAUAAAUGUAAGAAACAGUUGUAAUCCAUAAUCUUUUAAGGUCAAGGUUGUCAUAAAAAGAUGUCCAAAACAAAGAUUGUUCCUGAAGAUCUUCUGUGACUUGAUAUUUUCCUUUUAUUCAUUUCAACUUUUACAUUCAUAAUUUUAUCAUUUAAUACAUUUAGACUCAGUUGACUUAUUUAGAUUUCUUGGCAAGAGCAAUAUUACGAGAGUAGUGAACAUUUUUAUACAAAUGUAAAUGACUGAGCUGAUAAUGAAUUUAUAAUAUAAAGUUUGUUUAUGUUUCUGUCAAGGUUUUCUUUCCAAAUGUAUUCAACAGUUAUUGAAAUAACUUGCGUCCACUUAAGUCAGAUUGUGCAGUUUGUGGUAUGAACAUUUGGAAGCAUGGGUGCUUUUCAGUAUCAUUUGAAGUUUUGAUUGUGUCGAAUGUACAUCAACCAUUGUUGCACACACGUUUGUGAAUUUAUUCAUCUGUAAUUUGGCUUUUAAUGCAUUAUCAUUGUUUACAUUUUUAGGGACUUAACGUCUUAAUGAAUAAAUUAAAACACUUAACAAA